AUGUUAUGUAAUUUUAAUAGUCAGUAUCGCUUGUUUUUUUUUAUUAGGAAGAGGUACAUAGUCAUACAUCCUUCAAUUGAAAACUAUCGAGUUAUAUUUUUCAACAGAAUAGAUAGGUAAACACGUCUAUGCGUAAGUGAUGUGACUCACUUCAUGUUUUGCAGUAAAUAUUUGCAUAUAGAUCGAUAAAAGCCGAUGAAUAAUGGUAAUUAUAGAUGCAAUUCUGCGGAUUCAGUUGAAAUGGAAAAAACCUUCGUAUUACAAAAUUCGCGGAAACGAUGCAUAUAGGAUGAUUUCAAUAGUCAACACGUCAUAGGCGUACUACGGGUGUGUAGAUAGCGUUUGUGGCGUUCGUGGUAGGUGAUGCGCGGAUUUUGUGCAGAAUUUUCUUCCAUGGUAACUAGUUGAUGCGAACACAGCGUGGCUACGACUGAACAUAACUAUCUAAUAAGGAAAGUGAACUACUAGGAAUUUGUUAACGUAUGUCAUGUGACUUUCGAAGUAUGAGUGUUUUAUGAUAUAUGUGUCAUAUAUAAAUGAUAAUAUACACCUAUACAAUACAGAAUAAUACUAAUCGCACCGCUGCGCUGUUUGAAUAUGUGUGCUGAAGAAUAUUCUAUAGAUUUUAGUGAAUACAAUUCGUAUGAUAAACGUAUCAGUACAUUUGAAAAAGGAUGGACUGGAGUCAUUAAUCCUGCAGUGCUAGCAGCAGCAGGUUUUUUUUAUGUUGGAAGUGAAGAUAUUUGCCAAGCGUUUUGUUGUGGGAUAAUAAUAUACAAAUGGAAGGAUGACGAUUGUCCUAUUAAGGAUCAUCUAAAAUUCUCAAAAAAUUGUGACUAGGCUAAACGAAUGCAGAAGCUAUUGAAUGGAAUGGGAAAGAAGACGGACAAGAAAUUUGAUAUAAUGCACCAUAUGAUUUUACUUUCAGCUUCAUAUUUAUUAGUUCAUUUUGUAAGUUCGAUAACAUUAACGAUUGAAUAAAA